AUGUCAACUUACGCAAAGGAGCUCGAGGUAGCCCAGCUGGCCGUCCAGCGCGCCUCCAUCCUCACCAAGCGCGUCUUCCACGAAAAGGCAAAGGGCACCGUCGACAAGAACGACAAGUCCCCCGUCACCAUCGGCGACUUUGGCGCCCAGGCCCUCAUCAUCGCCGCCCUCCGCCACCACUUCCCCGACGACGAGAUCGUCGCCGAAGAAGAGGCCGCUCAGCUUCGCUCCGAACCCAACCUCCGCGACCAGAUCUUUGACCUCGUCAAGACGACCAAGCUAGACGACGCCGCCGCGGAAGCCUCCCUCGGCGGCGGCAUCGCCUCCGCCGAGAGCAUGAUGGACAUCAUCGACCAAGGAAACAGCAAGGGCGGCGCCGCCGGCCGCAUCUGGGCCAUUGACCCCAUUGACGGCACAAAGGGCUUCCUCCGCGGAGGGCAAUACGCCGUCUGCCUGGCCCUCAUGGUCGAUGGCGACGUCAAAGUCGGCGUCCUCGGCUGCCCCAACCUCCCCGUCGACGACAAGGCGCCCCUCGCCGCCGACAUUGGCUCCAACGCAAACGACGACACGGGCUACGGCGUCAUCCUCUCCGCCGUCCUCGGCCAGGGCGCCACCUCGCGACCCCUCCGCACCGGCGCCAUCGCCUCCGACGGCGGCUCCAUCUCAAUGAAGCCCGUUACCGACCUCUCCGCCGCCACCUUUUGCGAGAGCGUCGAGGCCGGCCACAGCGCGCACGACGACCAGGCCCAGAUCGCUGCCAAGCUCGGCAUCACCAAGCCCAGCGUCCGCAUGGACAGCCAGAGCAAGUACGGCUCCAUCGCCCGCGGCGCGGGCGACAUCUACCUCCGCCUGCCCGUCAAAGCGACGUACCAGGAAAAGAUUUGGGACCAUGCCGCGGGCGACCUCAUUGUGCGCGAGGCCGGCGGCCAGGUGACGGAUAUCCAGGGCAACAGGUUGGACUUCGCCGUCGGACGGACGCUCGCCAACAACAAGGGCGUCAUUGCCGCGCCGGCUGCCGUGCACGGCGAGGUGUUGAAGGUUGUCCAGGAGGUGUUGAGCUCAAAAUCUAGCUAA